CCUGUUUUCCGAGGAUGUUGAAUACGACGUAACCAUCUUUAUGAAGGAUAAGACGCGUAAGAGAACUCGGAUCUGAAGAAUAAGAUUACUGUGAGUGACCGAAUCGCAGAGUGGUGAGUGGCGAGUGGCCCUGGACAGCCCCUGGAUUCCCAUGCCCCAUGUCCCACGCUCAGGAUAGAAUAGAAUUUAUUAAUAGCGCAGGAACACAGGAUAUAUAUAUAUAUAUAUAUAUAUAUAUAAAAGUAUGUAUGUACGUACAGAGUUUUCGUUUUCGCUAGAGUACAAAAAGUCGAAUCGUACGUCCAUUUUUUUUUUAUUACAUUCUACUGCUCUAUAUUUAUGUUUGUAAAUGAUUUUAUGUUAUAUAUGAUUUGUGCUGCGUAAAUUAAUGUAAAUAGUUUUGGUGCACUUUUAUUGCCACAGCCGAUACAUUCAUAAAUAUUUGUACAUAUUUGCAUCCGUAGAACGGUACAUCGACAUUAAAAUAGUAAAAUAGUAAACGCCUAAAAAGUUUUAUGUCUCACAGUCUCACAUCAGAUUGUACAUUUGCAAAUGCAUAUUUCUUUCCAUGUGCAAUAUUAGUAUUAGUUCAUCCUGGGAAUAUUUAAUAUAGAGUAAAGUACAAUUUUUUUGUCGAUUUUGAACAUGUACGUUGAUUCUUAUGCACGUGGUUACGUGACGUCGUGAAUAAGUACGUUAGUAGUCGCAUGACCACAUGCUUACAUGUUACGUGAUAUAAAACAGCACGCUCUGCUUUUUCCUUGCAGGAAAAAGGGAACGUAAAUACGUAAAUAAACUGAAUUAACGUGGUUUCUCGCCAUUCGCGGCAUUCGCGCUCAUUAGAGUCAUUAGGCGACAAAAGAAGAGGUCGAGGAAAACGUUGUGACAUGAUGACAUUGAUGACUGUCUGACUGAUGAUGGCAAAUGAGGCGAGUCGUAAGAUACGCCGAUGUCUACGCGGUCUACGCCGACGCUACGCGUAACGCGCGAGUCCUCGUGAAACGAACAAGACUUACGAGACGAGUCAGACGUCAGACGUCAGACGAGGGAGAAAGUGAACGGGUUAUGUAAAAAGUGCUCGUCUUUCCGCCUGUCAACUCGUAUCGUCGGUACAUAAUACACCAGCUGAUACAGGACCGUUUCCCAGAUUUGCUGCAUACAUUCUCGAUCGGCCAAGGCUCAGCUAGACGUACCGUAGUAUGCUACAAGAGCGAUGUGAAAAGAGAUUGGGAUUCACCGAAUGUUCUUGAGUGUAAAACAAAUUGUACGACGAGACAAAAGGAUACGACUCGCGGAAUGGGUAUCGAAGGCCGACGCUCACCCUCGACAUCUCCAGAAUGCAAACUGCAGCGACAAGCUAGGUCAGUACCAACGGUAGAGAUUUAUAGGCCGCCAGCGGCUAGGAGAGCUAACACGUGCUCUGGGAUAAAUAGUACACAGACACAGAUACAAUCAACUGCAGAUAUCUCUUCGGUCAAAAAUGUACGUCAAAAACGACCUGAUCGGGCGGUUUACAUACCUAGACAUCGCAGAAGUUUAGAAACUGAAGAUAAGAAGCCGCAAAGUCUAAAAAAUUCUCACGCGACAUUAAACGGAGAUUCAAAUAUAAAUAAUAAUUCCAAAUUACAAGAUGUAUGUUGUGGUCAACAAAAUAUAGACGAUACGACUCGAUCAUUGAACGAUCAAAUCUCCGAGAGUCGCGAUACGAAGAUCGAGGAUGAACAUUUCCCGCGAGAGAUUUCAGAAAACGUAGUUUCUUUAGAUUCUGGGAAGAUGUCCGAUACUCGCGGUAAUACCGAGCACAUAUAUAAAUUUUCGGAAGAACUGAAAGAAGCGGUGUCAACUUUGUCCGAAGAGAAAGAAACUGUCACAACUAAUAAUACUGACGAAAAUAAUACUACGUCCAAUCUAUUAAAAUCUUCCAACCACGUUGAAAUUAAUGACAAACACGUAGGACGGAUACAAGAAACUAUAAAAGAAAACCACGUCUCGCUCGAACAUUUAAGUUGUAACGAUGUAAUUGAUUACAAAGAUAGACAACUAGUUGAACAGAAUGUAGUAUCGGAUAUUCUAAUAUUUUCCGAUACCGUUCAAAAGAAAUCCAAACAGUCUGAACAACUCUCUUCAAUUCUUGUAACACCACCUGAGAAAAAAGUAAAAAAGGUAGAAAGGCAAAAGAGCAAACCGGCUGCACCACCUUCUCCACCUUUAAAAAUGAACAGAGAUGAAUGCGAUUGGGAUAGUUUAUUUGACGAUAAUGGCGAUUGUUUAGAUCCCACAUUGAUAGAAGAGCUUACGUCAGCAGUAGGUGAAGUAGUGAUAGAACAACCAAAGAACGCGUACAAGACAUACAGCAAGCAAGUUGAAGUGUCCAGUGACGAGUUUGCACACGUUGUAGAAAUUUACAAUUUUCCUUCCGAGUUCAAAACUAGCGAUUUAGCGGCUGUCUUCAGCUCUUUUAAGAACGGUGGCUUUGAGCUGAAGUGGGUGGACGAUACUCAUUGUUUGGGAGUUUUCAGCAGUCCUCUCGUUGCUGCCGAAGUGUUAGCCUCGAAUCAUCCAUUUGUGAAAACGAGACCACUUAGCGAAGCUACUGCUUUGAGUAAAACGAAAGCUAGAAGAAGCGCAGAAUUUUUGCAACCUUAUAGGAAUCGUCCCGAAACAUGCGCCGCCUUAGCUAGAAGAUUAGUUACAGGUGCAUUGGGUGUGAAGCUUGCCACAGCUAGACAAGAACGUGAGCACGAAAAGAAUAUAUUACGAGAAGCAAAAGAGAAAAGACGAUUAGCCAACAAACAACGAGAGGAUGUUUGGGAGGGCAUAAUACCGACAAAGUAGCAUCAUAUAUUGCUAAUAUAUAAAGGAAUAUUUAUAAGGAUUUAUACCUCAUUGUGUACAUUAUACGCAUUCACAUUAUUGUAGCUGCGUAGUUUGGCAUAGCCCAUCAUGGCUCGCAUGAUGGUAUUCUCAUAUUAGCGCGCAUGCGUAUAUUUGUGCCUUACUCGUCUAUUCUUUACAUUGAUAAAUAGAAAAUUGAACAACCAUUUUCCGCUUUGUGUGCGACAGAAAACCUACGAUAAUUAUCAGUAAAUGAGUUCGGUAUGUAAACAUAGCUAUAUAUAGUAAAUAUCUGAUUAUUUAAUUGAAUAAUUAUCUUUCAAACCGUGUUGAGACAAUAUUGUUAUCAUUUUACAUAUGAACGUAUCGAAAAGUUUCGAUGUAAAGAAAAAGUAGCAAAGACGACCAGCAAUGGUCACCCCAUGUUCCUACAUUUUUCUGACACAAGAAUGCAAUUUUUUUUUCUUUUUUUUUUUUAAGAAUAUAAUAUGCAAUACUGAGCAAUGAUUCACUCGAGAUUAAAAUUUGACAUCAGAAUUAUAAAUGUAAUGGUAAAGAUAUAAAACAAAAAACUGAGAAUAUUUUGCAAAUAUCUUGAUGAUUGAUCAUUGUUAUGAGUUUAUACACAGCAACAAACAAUAAUACGUAUAGUACAGUAGAUUGAUCGCAGGACAAUAAGUUAUUGCUAGUAACAAGAUUCUUUCACUCGCACAUCGAUUCGUUAUAGCGAUAUUUCAAAAUAUAUCUUUACAAGGUUUUUUCAUAGUUGGACAACAUAAUUAGUAUAAAAACAUUAUCGAAAAUAUUGUGGCGUUAAAAUUAUAUUCCAACGUAAUACUAUUUUACAGUUUUGACUUAUGCCACUUAUGUCUGUUACAUACAUAUACAUAUAAAUGUUACAAGCCAACGCACAAUCACAUUAUCUAUUUAUAUUACAGAGUUGCUGAGUAUAAAGAGAACAGAUGGUAUUUUUAUAUACAAUUGUUAUCAAUGUGAAACAGAUAAUAUGUAUAUCACCUAUCCCUAGUCAAUGUACACAAAAGAUGCAUUACUUACAUGUUAAUAUGUCACGAGUUGAUUAAGAGGAUUUUUUGUGAGAAAAGAGAAAUAAAAAUAUUUUCUAAAACAUAA